AUGAAUGAAAGCGGCUCGCUCAAUGGAACCGGGGUCCCUUUAGCCCGCAUUCAAGCCAGCGAUGGCAACUCUUCUCUGGAGCUCUCCUCGCAGCUCCCCGUCUUUGCCAUCAACCCCUGGGACGUUGUGCUCUGCAUCUCGGGGACCAUCAUCGCCUGUGAAAAUGCCAUCGUGGUGGCUAUUAUAUUCUACACUCCCACCCUGAGAACUCCUAUGUUUGUGCUCAUUGGGAGCCUGGCCACAGCGGACCUACUGGCUGGAGUUGGCUUAAUCCUGAAUUUUGUUUUUCAAUAUGUGAUCCAGUCAGAGACCAUUAGCCUUAUUACCGUUGGAUUCCUAGUUGCCUCCUUCACUGCUUCUGUGAGUAGCUUAUUAGCCAUCACAGUCGAUCGUUACCUUUCCCUGUACAAUGCACUGACUUAUUACUCAGAGAAGACUGUCCUCUGCAUUCAUAUGAUGCUGAUCGUUACCUGGGGGGUGUCCCUCUGCUUGGGACUACUACCUGUUCUAGGCUGGAAUUGUCUAGAUGACUAUUCAUCAUGCAGCAUUGUCAAACCCUUGACCAAAAGUAAUCUGACUUUGCUGUCUGCCUCUUUCUUUUUGGUUUUUAUCAUCAUGCUUCAUCUGUACAUUAAAAUCUGCAAAAUAGUUUGCAGGCAUGCACAUCAGAUAGCUCUCCAGCAACAUUUUUUGACUGCCUCUCACUAUGUUGCUACUAAAAAAGGAGUGUCUACACUUGCUAUAAUUAUUGGGACCUUUGGAGCAAGCUGGUUACCGUUUGCAAUCUAUUGUGUAGUUGGAGAUCUUGACUACCCUUCCGUGUACACUUAUGCCACACUUCUACCUGCUACUUACAACUCUAUGAUCAAUCCUAUCAUUUAUGCCUACAGAAACCAAGAAAUUCAGAGGGCCAUGUGGGUUCUUUUUUGUGGCUGCUUUCAGUCUAAAGUGUCCUUUCGUUCAAGAUCACCCAGUGAUGUCUAA